AUGGCAAUUGCAAACAACUCUGAGGUGGAGGACCUCUCAGAUGGGGAAGAUAAUGAUCCUGCUGUGGACGAAGUCAUUUUACAAGAUGUUGACCUCAUGGAUGAGCAUCCUGAUUUUUCGCCACCUGAUUCAUCAGGAGAUGAUUCCGGUGAAGAGUACACACCACCUGAUGCAGCUGAAGAUACUGACUCUGAGAAUGAAAGUCAGCCAAAUCAUCCACAAGUGCACAGACGUGGACGUAAACAACAGCAUAUUGAGAAUGAUGAGCUGGAUGAGGAAGAUCAGAGACAUGGAGAGCUCAGACCAGAACCAAGGAAUGCUGGACGUGGAGAACGCUGGAGGUCUGCUCCAUUUAGACCAAAUUUGGUCCAGUUUCAGGAUGGAGAUGAUGGACUGAAAGAUGAGCGAACAGGAUGGCAGCCACUGGAUUAUGUGGAGCAGUACAUUGACUCAGACCUGAUGAAACUCAUUGCUGACUGCACAAAUGCCAUGUCACUGGGUAACACUGGGAGAUCUCUCUCAACUUCGAUAAGGAUGUUUUGGUCCAAUGCCCUACAAAUCCCCGCCAUUAGUAACACAAUGUCACGUGAUCGCUUCUUCAAACUUAGGAGCCAUCUGAAAGUAGUUAUUGACUAUGAUGUAUCAGAAGAUAAGAGGGAAACCGACAAAUUCUGGAAGGUGAGGCCUUUUAUGGACCGUAUACUUACCGGCUGCCGCCUUCAGGUUCGUCCAGAAUGCGUCUCAAUAGACGAGCAGAUGAUCCCGUUUACAGGGGCCUGUCCAUUCCGACAAUACGUGCCACUAAAGCCAAAUCCAGUGGGAAUGAAGAACUUUGUGCUGGCAUCUGUGGAUGGACUCGUGCUAGACUUUGAAGUCUAUCAAGGUUCAAAAACCCUGGCUUCGAAGGUUCAGGACUCAGAUGGAUUGGGUCUAGGAACACUAGUCAUCAAACGUCUUUCCGAAACCCUCACUGCUGGCACACAAGUGUAUUGUGAUCGCUUCUUUACCACCAUACAAGCAGUUGACCACAUGCUGAAGGAUGAUAUUUAUCUUACUGGUACAGUGAUGAAGGGCCGAGUCAAACAAGCAAUGAACAAGUUACCCGAUGACAAAACCCUGAAACACCAAGGGAGAGGUGCCGUCGCCACAGUAACCAGGGCAGAUGGGAAACUAUGCGUGGUCAAGUGGUACGACAACAAGCCAGUUGUGAUGCUCUCCACUGUUCACUCAGAGCAGCCAGAAGAUACUUGCCAGCGGUGGUCCAAGAAGGGAAAAAAGUAUGUGACCGUGACAAGACCAAGCAUCGUGCGCGAGUACAACUCAAAGAUGGGAGGUGUAGACAUGUCAGAUAGAAUGAUGAGCUACUACCGAAUGUCUGUGCGGACGAAGAAGUGGACAAUUCGCAUGCUGAUGCAUUUCAUGGAUCUUGCCCUUGCCAACAGCUGGCUGCUGUAUCGCAGAGAUAACCAGGAAAAUGGCACCCCAAGGAAAUCUAUCAUGAAGUUUCUUGAGUUUCGCAUGGUAGUGGCUCAGGUAUUCCUCAGCAAGUGUGAUGUUCUUCAUGAAGGUGCUCAUGUCAGAGAAGAAGAGAAUGAGAACGGACACCUUCCACCACCAGGCAAAAAAUCUCGGGUCGCUCCAAUCCCCCAUAUCUCAGUCCGUUCCAGUGCUGCUCAUCUCCCGGAGAUGGUGGCCUUGAAAAACCCCAUGCGUUGCAGAGCACAAGGCUGCACUGGGAAAUCCCGUGUGCGAUGCAUGACAUGCAAUGUGCAUCUGUGCUUGCAAAGUGAACGAAACUGCUUUGCAGCAUUUCACACCGGCCAAUAG